AUGCAGUAUGCCUCUUUUGAAGAUGUACUGCAUUUUGAUGUGUGUUUCUUUGGAUUUUCCUGCAGUUCUGUGAAGUAUUACACAACUCACCUGCCUAGGUGUUCAGAUGAUAAAAACAACCUCGAGAUAGAUAACACUCUGUUAUCUAGUCUCUCCUUGGGAAGCUCGUUUGUACACAGUGCUAUACAGGAAGCUAUCAAAAUGGUGGACAGAGCAUAUAAAGAAAGCAGAGAUGGCCACAAACUUAAACUCGCUAAAAGGACCUUGACUUCAGCUGACCUCCUAGCCUAUUUCAAGCAGCCUGUGGCAGAGACGAGAACUGUGGUGCGAUCUGCAGAGUACAUGGAAACUGCACUGAAGCUCAUACAGCGCAAUGCCAACAGCAUCUACAAACACUGGCUCAAUGUAACAGAUCUGUUAACGCAGAGUGAUCUGGACACUAUCUCAAGGAUCACUGGCUGUUCAGCUGCAUUCCUGCCGACAGUUUGUGAGGAUGACUGUUGGUCAAACAGAUAUAGGACCAUCAACUCUGAGUGCAAUAACAGGAAGAAGCCUCAUCUGGGAGCGGCUAAUGUUGCAUUUGCCCGCUGGCUCCCAGCUCAAUAUGAGGAUGGAUUUUCGCUUCCAAAGGGCUGGAGCAGGAGAACAUUACAUUCAGGAUUUCAUUUGCCACUAGUGCGAAGGGUUUCAAACAAGAUUCUACAAGUGGCCAAUCAGAUUGUACCCUUGGAUCAGGACAAUGCUCACACCUUUGUGCAGUGGGGCCAGUGGCUUGACCAUGACCUGGAUCUAGCCCCUCAAUCGGGCAGCAUCCAAACUUUCAAUGAAGGCAUUAACUGUGAUAAAACAUGUGCACGGAGAAGUCCAUGUUUUCCCAUCAGGAUACCUCGCAAUGACUUCAGAUUCAAUAACAGUGUUGGCUGCAUGCCUUUCUUGCGAUCUGCUCCUGUAUGUGGCACUGGUAAACUGGGUUUAUUCUUUGGACAUGUCAGCGUUCGGGAACAGCUAAACGCUGUAACAGCCUUUAUCGAUUCCAGUAUGGUAUACGGGAAUGCCAAGUCCAUUGCAAAUCGAAUCCGAAACCAUACAACUGAUCUGGGAUUGCUGAAGGUUAACCAGAACUACUCCGACAAUGGGCUAGAGUACUUACCAUUUAGUAGCAGCGAACAAGAGAGCCCUUGUGCAAUGAAUCCCAACAGCAGUGGAGUUCCAUGCUUCUUAGCAGGAGAUGGACGCGUGAAUGAGCACCUGGGGCUCUUAUCCUUUCAUGUAUUGUUUCUACGGGAACACAAUCGCUUAGCAAGAGCACUGAAGAGGCUGAACCAACACUGGAGUGGCGAAACAAUCUACCAGGAGGCGAGGAAAAUCAUGGGAGCAUUUCACCAAAUUAUAACCUUUAGAGACUAUAUCCCUCGCCUCAUUGGUCCAGCAGCAAUGCAGAAAUUUCUCCCACCCUACACGGGUUAUAAUGACUCCAUUGAUCCCAGGAUUGCCAAUGUUUUUGCCACAGCUUGUUUCCGGUAUGCACACGUCACUAUUCAGCCAUUGGUCCAUCGUUUCAAUGAAAGCUACCAAGAACACCCACAAUAUCCAAACCUUCCCUUGCGCAAUUCCUUCUUCUCUCCCUGGAGAGUUGUGGAUCAGGGCGGAGUUGAACCAAUUCUUCGGGGAUUGCUGGCUAAUCCAGCCAAAAGGCAGAAGCAAAAUCGGAUGAUAGUGGAUGAACUGCGCCAACACUUGUUUGAGUUGACGAGUCGGCUGCCACUGGACCUGGCCUCAUUAAACCUGCAACGAUCCAGGGACCAUGGGCUCCCAGGUUAUAAUGCUUGGAGGAAGUUCUGUGGUCUCUCUGAGCCCAACAGUGUGAAGGAUCUCACAGUAGUCCUCAGAAAUUCUCGUCUGGCAAGGGACCUGUUCAAGUUGUAUGGAACUCCAGAUAACAUCGAGCCAUGGCUUGGGGGAGUAUCAGAGCCAUCUGUCAGAGGUGGAAGGUUGGGUCCAUUGCUUGCCUGCUUGGCAGGACAGCAGUUCAAAAAUCUGAGAGAUGGAGACAGAUUCUGGUGGGAACACCAAGGGGUUUUUACCGACAGUCAGCAACAGGCUCUGAAGCAAAUCUCACUCUCCAGAGUAAUCUGCGAUAACACCAGGAUUGAAGAAGUCCCUCGAGAUGCAUUUAGGUUCAGGACCUAUCCAGAAGGAUAUGUGCGUUGCACACAGAUUUCACAAGUAGAUCUGAGUGCCUGGAAGGAGAAUGUUGAAGGCAUCUUGGCAAAUGAAAUAUGA